GGAGUAAAGAGAUGUUAGUCAGAGGGACUAAAAUCAAUUCAGUGUGAAGGAAAAAAGGGCUAAAAAAUGGAAGAACAAUUCAAUCCUUUAGCUGUUAAUCAUCUUCUUCAACACACUCUAAGGAACUUAUGCAUUCAUGAAAAUUCACAAUGGGUUUAUGCAGUUUUUUGGAGGAUUUUACCAAGAAAUUACCCCCCUCCAAAGUGGGAUGGCCAAGGAGGAUAUGACAGAUCGAGAGGCAACAGGAGGAACUGGAUAUUGGUCUGGGAAGAUGGUUUCUGCAAUUUUGCUGCUUCAACAUCUGAGAUUAAUCCUAGUGAAUGUCCUGCCGGCUCCUCGGUUUACGAGUAUCAACACUAUCAGGGACUGCAGCCUGAGCUGUUCUUCAAGAUGUCCCAUGAAAUCUACAAUUAUGGUGAAGGUUUAAUUGGAAAAGUGGCAGCAGAUCAUAGCCAUAAAUGGAUCUAUAAAGAACCAAAUGAUCAAGAAAUUAACUUCUUAUCUGCAUGGCAUAACUCUGCUGAUUCUUAUCCCAGGACUUGGGAAGCUCAGUUUCAGUCUGGUAUAAAGGUAUUACAUCAAAGAAACAUCGUCUGAUAACA